AUGGCUAUGGCAAGAGAUAAUGCAGCAGUUCCUUCUAUGGAAAUUACAGAUUGGGGGGGCCCCAUUAGGGAAUCCUUGUUGCAAAUCCUAGAUGAGGGUGACAAAGCUAAUGGAGAUGCUCUAGGAGAGGAAAUUACAGAAGGAGCCCAAUCAAAUCUGAAAGAGAUCUCCACCAAGGGAAAGAAAAUUUCGGGCAGCACUAUUCUAAGGGGUCCAAUUUUAGAAGUGUAUGCUCUUAAUUCCCUAGAAGGUCGGAUGGAACUUUGGAGGGAGCUAACUGAUAUUGCUACAGGAGUGGUUGAACUGUGGGCUGUCAUGGGAGAUUUCAAUACGGGCUGGCUGACCGAAAAUGGAGAGGGGAAUUUUACACUUGGAAUAAUAACCAAAGUGGUACUCGCAGAAUCUGCUGCAAAUUGGACCGAGUCCUUGUUAAUAAUGCUUGGCUGGACAAGUUGCAUUUCUCGGAAGCUCACUUCCUUUGGCCUGGAAUAUCUGACCACAGCCCGAAAUUCUGGACCUAAACCGUUCAGGUUUUUUGAUGCUUGGACCCAUCAUAAGGACUAUGACGAAGUAGUUAAAAGGGGCUGGCUGAAGGUUGUAAAUGUCAACUCUAAUCCUAUUUUGCGCUUUGUGACGAAGCUAAAGAAUGUGAAAUCUGAACUUAAAUGCUGGAAUAAGGAGGGCAUUGGAGAAGUCUUCAAAAAUGUUAAGGAUGCAGAACUCGAUCUUGGCCGAAUUCAGCAUCACCUUUCCCUUGAUCCCCUUGAUGAUUCCCUUGCUAUCUUGGAAAAAGAAGCUAAAGGCAAGCUAUGGGCUGCAUUACAAAUGGAAGAAAGGUUUCUUAAAGAGAAAUCCAGGGUUAGGUGGCUAGAGUUGGGGGAUGGCAACAACAACUUUUUCCACAAGUCCAUGCAAAGUAGGCACAAUAGAAAUCAUAUCUUGGAGGUCAUGGACCAGACUGGAAAUACUUUGACCAACCCUAAGGCUAUCAAAGAGGAGGCGGUUCUUUUCUAUAAGAAGCUGUUCGGGUCGGACUACACUGAUUUGGGCUCCUGCCCCCCCUCGAUUCCCCUCUCGGGGGUGGUCUCUGAAUCCCAGAAUUUGGAACUUGGCAAGGAGGUUAAUGGAGAGGAGGUUAAAAGAGUUGUGUUCAGUUUAAAAGACUCUAAAGCCCCAGGGCCUGAUGGUUUCGGGGCUGGCUUUUAUAAGCACUCUUGGGUGAUCAUUGGUGAGGAGCUAACGAAUGCUGUCCAAUUGUUCUUUACGAAUUCCUUCAUGCCCCAUUCUAUUAAUGCUACUUUUAUCAAUUUGGUGCCAAAGUCUGGGGAUGUCUCCACUUUUGCGGGGUUUCGGCCUAUUGCUUUAUGCAACCUCCUAUAUAAGAUCAUCACAAAAAUCCUCUCUAAUAGGAUCCAGCAUGUUAUUGGGAGUGUGGUUAGUCAUAAUCAGUCGGCAUUCAUCAAGGGCAGGCCUAUUGUUGACAAUAUCCUUGUCUGCCAUGAUAUUGUGCGUGGUAUCGAACAAAAAGCCGCUAGUCCUACUGCAGUUUUGAAGGUGGAUCUUCACAAGGCCUAUGAAUCUCUUAGUAGGAAAUUUUUGUUUGAUGUGAUGGGAAGAAUGGGGUUCUCUGACAAGUUUAUAGGGUGGGUGAAAGCUUGUGUGACCACUCCUAUGUUCUCUGUCCUUAUUAAUGGCAGCCCAGUGGGUUUCUUCGGUGGAGGGAGAGGGAUUCGACAAGGUGAUCCACUGUCCCCCUACCUCUUCACCCUUGCAAUGGAGGCUUUUUCUGGAAUUAUGCGAAGGCUUGAGAUUGAUGGUCAGAUUAAGCUGCUACCCCGUUGUAAAUCGUUCCACCUUUCCCACCUCAUUUUUGCGGAUGAUCUUAUGAUUUUUGUGAAGGGGAACUGUGAUUCGAUUUCAGCUAGUUUGGGGGGUCUUGAUGAGUUUGCUGCCCUCUUCGGGCUUCAACUUAAUAAAUCUAAGUCCUCUAUUAUAUUAGGUGGCCUUAUCCAAGCUAGCAGUCUGGAACUUUUGGAUUUAACGGGUUUUUCGAAAACCAAGCUGCCUAUUAGGUACCUUAGAGUUCCUCUUGUGUUUGGCAGGUUAUCCAUGAAAGAUUGUAGCCCCAUCUUGGAUCUAGUUCGUCAAAAAUUGGAGGGGUGGAAGACUAGAUUCCUCUCUUAUGCUGGUCGUCUUCAACUCUUUUCUUCAGUUCUGCAAGGUAGCUACAUUUACUGGGCAGGGAUCUUUGGCCUUCCAGGAAAUGUUAUCACCAAACUGGAGUCUAUGUUCUCUAAUUUCCUUUGGUCAGGCCCCUCCCUUGAGAGGAAAACCCAUUUUAUUUCUUGGGAUGCGCAAGAUCGGCUUUGGGUUAAUUGGGUACAACAAAGAUACCUCAAGCAAGAGUCUCUUUGGACAGUCAAGGGUCUCAAUAACUGCUCUUGGGUCUGGCGUAAAGUCUUGAAGUACAGAGAUAAAGCCCUUCCCUUCAUCAAAACUAUUAUUGGGGAUGGGUCUGCUACAAAGCUUUGGCUUGAUAAUUGGCACCCGUUUGGAGUUCUUUUGAGCAGAUUUGGUAAUAGGAUUUGCUAUGAUGCAGGCUCUUAUUCCCUUGCUGCCCGUCAUGCUUGUGUCAAGGAGAUUAUCCGUGAUGGAGAUUGGCACCCUGGUCCCUCUACAUCUUUCGAUCUCAUUGAUAUUUGGAGGGCCCUUCCAGCCAUUGAAAAAUUUCAUGAUGAGGUUCCGGAUUUGACAGUGUGGACUGGUAACUCAUCGGGUAAUUUCUCUUCCAAAUCAGCCUGGAAUGCUAUCCGCACAAGAGCUGCCCGUAUUGAUUGGAGCGAAGCUGUUUGGUUUGAAGGGAGUAUAAAGUCCCAUUCCUUUAUAGCCUGGAGAUGCCUUUCGGAUGCCCUCCCCACUAGGGACAACCUCAUUCAUAGACACAUUCCGACUCCUCAUCAUUGCGUGUUUUGUUGGGUUGGAACUGAAAGAAGGAAUCAUCUCUUCUUCGGGUGCCCUUUUACUAAUGAUAUUUGGAAAAAUAUUUAUGACUUCUGUUUUCAUGAUGGGGCCACUCCUAGCAAUGCCAUUGAUGCAGCCAUUUCAGUUAGAUAUGUUGCAGGUAGAGCAGGGAAAUUGGGGCUGGUCAUAAAGCUUGCUUUCUGUGCCACAAUCAAGCAUAUUUGGUCGGAGAGAAAUCAGAUCUAA